CGACCUAUAUUCCCAUCGUCGUCGUUCGUCGUUCGUGGCGCUUCUUGCCGCAAUGUACGGCACCAUCCAAGACGAAAGCAAACCGCUCAAGGACGCCGCCGCUCGUCAUGGUUCUCGCGUUGGCUUUCCCACGUUCUGGCGAGGAAAGUGGGCCGUCUUGACCGCCGCGGCCUUGGUUGUGUUGGGAUUAUCCCAAACGUCGACGAGUGCACCGCUGGCGUCGACGCGAUUUUGUGACUCGACGGCGCAAUCGUCAGGGUACAUCAAAUUGCCCAACAAGCAAGACGGCCACUACUUCUACUGGUUCUUCGAAUCCCGAAGCAACCCUGACACCGAUCCGUUGGUGCUGUGGCUCACAGGCGGUCCCGGUGGGUCGAGUCUCUUGGCCCUGCUGACCGAAAAUGGUCCGUGCACCAUUGCUGACGACGACAUCACGACAAUUGGAAACCCGUACUCGUGGACCACCCGUGCCAACGUGAUUUGGGUCGAUCAACCGAUCGGGACUGGGUUUUCGUACGGCACGGCGGAUGACGCAGACCACAACUCGACACAAGUCGGCGAAAACAUGUAUUUCUUUCUCCAGCGCUGGCUCAAGCAGCACCCAAAAUUUGCCAACCACCGGUUCUUCCUCACUGGUGAGAGCUACGCUGGUCAUUACGUCCCUGCCGUUGCGACGGCGCUCCUCAAAACCGCCCCUUCGCCCGGUGACGUUCACAUUCAGUUGGAAGGCGUGGCCAUCGGCAACGGCUUGACAAGUCCUCUCAUUCAGAUGCAACACCAAAUCGACAUGAUCCGGGACAACUCGUACGGGAAAGUGCUCUUGAACGGGUCCGACUACACCACGUACCAAAACAGCGUGUCGACCAUUGUGCAUCUCAUCGAGGAGUGUUAUGCCCACAACGACACGGCUUGCACCGACGCGACGGUCCUGUGGCUGCCCACGAUAGUCCAGCCCCUCCUCACAAUUUCAAAAGUCAAUCAGUACGAUCUGCGCGAGUCUCUUGGGGAUGGCCAUGAAAACCCAGCCGCGGCGAAGCAACCGACCGGCGGCCUCUUGUCCAAGGAAUCGCUCAAAACGAUUGGGAACCCGCACGCCCAUGCCUUUCUAAACAACCCCGUCGUCCAAGCCUACCUCAACAUCCCGCAUUACAUGCCAUGGACGGAGAUCUCGCAGGACGUAUUCGGUCGCUUCUCGGUGGAUUUUUUCCAAAACCGCGAUGGCGAUGUCGCGUACUUGCUCGAGCACAAGAUCCGCGUCCUGAUUUACGCAGGCGACGCCGAUUUGGUUUGCAACUGGAAGGGCAACCUGGCGUGGACGACAGCGCUGUCUUGGAGCGGCGCGAAGGCUUUCAACGCGGCCAAGGAAGAGCCGUUCGUUGUCCGUGGAGUCGCGAAAGGCACGCUGCAAGCCGCCGGCAACUUUGCCUUCCUUCGUGUGUUCGACGCUGGUCACAUGGUGCCCGAAAAUCAACCUGAAGCUUCCCUCGCAAUGCUGAACCGGUUCCUGGCCAACGCACCGUUGCAUCGCGACUAAGAAGAACGCGAUGUUUGGCUGCUCUGAGGCGCAUUAUCGUUCACUUGUAGUUGAAACAAAAUGACCUGCAACAUGAUGCAGGCGACACCUUUGCCGUCUCCAUCCAUCACGUCCUUGAGAAUUGAACGCUAGACUACCAUCGUGAUGUUCAUUCCCCGGUUAACGCCUGCU